UCUAGAGUCGAUCGUCGACGACGGUUUUCAAAACGCAACGUCGCUUCAACGGUUUUCCAUCAAAAUAUGAAAAUAUCCUGUGCUAAAAGAAUAGUGAUUAAUAUUUUUCAGUUAUAUUUUCAUGCGUUGAUAGUUAUGCGGAAGACCAACAACAGUUUAGUCCGACGUCGCAAACGGAAGGGGCGGAACCAUCGCCCCAGUCACGUUCGGGAACGCCCCUUGACUGCUUUCAAUACGGCGCUGUUGAUGGUUACACGAUGCGACAAGAUCAGGAGUACCAAUCGGCAUUCGGAAGAGCCAUCGAGGAGGUUCCCAUAGAAGACCAACAGGAGGCGCAUUACAUACAAUUAGACGUUCCUGGUGUUGUCGCGGAAUCUUCACCAAACGGUAGCGAUCCUUCGAAUAGUCCAGGUUCGCCGAGGAGAGUUACGUAUUUAAAUGCCAUGUCUCCAGGUGACCAACAUAAUAGCGGUAUGGAAACUACUCAAUUAACUACGUUAUCGAGUCAUCAUUACGCAGGAUUGGAUUCCACAAAUCCUCUUUACAAAGGCUCCGUGACAAAUUACGCCGGUCAAAUGUACGCUACGGGGUCACCGCAACCACAAUUUUGGAAUAACACAGGGAUGCCCACCCAAUCAACUUUAAACUUAUCCGAUGAUUUCCCAAAAGUGACCUCAACUGGCUCAACGAGUGCUUUACCAGCUUUCAACAGAAUCCCAUCAUUUAGUAAUACAAGCCCAACACAACGAACUUUUAAUACACCUUACUUAGAAUGGGGUGGCCAUCAAUAUCAAGAUUCAUCACCAACUUUACCGUAUCAAAUUCAAAAUAAUGUUUCGCCGCGGGGUAGAACUUGCUUUUCAGCAGCGGCGUCACUUUCAGCAAUAGACCCGAGAUCAGCUGAAUACUUCACGGAGGGGCGGGAGUGCGUGAAUUGCGGCGCCAUUGACACGCCUCUGUGGCGUCGCGACGGCACUGGACACUACCUCUGCAACGCGUGCGGCCUGUAUCACAAGAUGAACGGGAUGAACCGGCCGUUGGUGAAACAGCCGCGCCGAUUGUCAGCUUCAAGACGCGUUGGAUUAACCUGCACCAAUUGUCACACAUCGACGACGUCGUUAUGGCGCAGAAACGCUCAGGGUGAACCAGUUUGCAACGCAUGCGGCCUUUAUUAUAAAUUGCACGGCGUUAAUCGACCUCAAGCAAUGAAAAAAGAGAGUAUACAGACGAGAAAAAGGAAACCGAAGAAUAGCAAUAAAGAACCCGCAAAUUCAACCAAUGGAAUUUCAACGUCAUCAACGCCUAAUAUAAAAAUGGAACAUCCUUUAAAUAGUAUCAAAAUGGAACAUACUUUAAAUAACAUCAAGUUGGAACAUAAUUCACUUGAUAAUUAUGAUUUAAGAGGAGUUUCAACGUUGAAUCAUCAACUUCAACAUACCACAGUGGCAACAACUCAAUCUUAUUUAUAUGCAACAUCACAAACGCAUCAUCAUCAGAGGAGUAGUGGUGGUAAUGUAUCCCCUUAUGGUUCAACUCAAUCAUCACCUCAAUUGGAAUACUACCAAAGCAUUAUGCAACAACAACCUCAAAGCCCGAAUAGUUCACCAUCAACCAGCCCUAAUUCAUCGGCUCAUAAUCUUAUUAAUAACAAUAAUAAUAAAGUUAUCAUUAAUGGAGAACACAAUAUGGAUAGGCCAACAGUUGUAUCGUUAUCAUCUUAAAAACCAAUCAUAUUUAGAUUAGAUCAUGAAAGGUAUGUUAAUGGGGAACUUUUAUAAUUUUUUUUAUAAAAUGAUGGUUGUUUGAUGGAAUUUGACUGAUGCGAAUUAAAAUGAUGACAUUCCAUUUUUUUUUUAAGUAAAGAAUAUAAAAUUUAUCUUUAAUUAAACCGAGAGUUUUUUGUU